AUGGUCAACGAUACGCAAAAACAUGGCGGAGUAAACAUGUGUAGUCUAUUUGAAAAUUAAGAACAAGUAAAGAAGUAAAAAUGCCUUGUUACGAACUUGCUUUAAUUUUGAGGAAGAUGACGAGACCGGAGCUUGUCGACAGUUUAAAAAGGUCUGGAAUGGCGAUAUUAAAGGCUAACGGAGUUCUUAGAAAAAUUGAGAAUUUGGGAACGAAACAACUUCCUUAUAAAAUGAGCGUACAUGAUCGGGUACACAAGGAAGGAAGCUAUUUUUUGUUUUACUUCAACGCUUCCCCGACAAUUUUAAAGGACCUAAACAAUUCGUUUAUGUUGGACAUUGACAUCAUUAAAGCGAGCGUAAGCCGUUUACAACAGACCAAGUAUCCGGCAGAGUGUACGCUAGACGAGGAAUUUCAGCCCCCGGCAUUACGAAAGAGUGUGGCAAAAUUGUUGGAAGAAUCUAAGAAACCAAAGACGAAAUACGUAUAUAGGAAAUAUACUGACGAAAUUUAAUUUUGUGACUAUUCUUGCUAGUAUGCAAUCCUAUUAACUUGUAAUUUAGUUUUAAAUAAAGAGCUAAUUUUAAGGUUUAA